AUGCCGGCUGAUCGCCUCCUCUCGACGCUGCUGCGCGCGCUGCAGGUCUACUCGGACCAGGAAGACACGCCCCGCAUCCUCGGGACCGCCUCCUCCCUCCUCACCACCCUGGGCAACCCGCACAACCUCAGCCUCCUGGCCUCGCACCUCCUCACCGCCCCGGCCCUCUGGGACCGCCCUGAUGGCGUGCGCACCUCUCUCCGCCUGCUCUCCGUCUUCCACACCGCCGUCACCACCGUCAUCACCCACCACAACCACGUCCGCUACAACAAAGCCCCGAAGCUGCUCCCCGGCCACUCGCCCACCGGCGGCGGUCUGGGUCUGGACGAGUGGAUCAAGGCGGUCGUCGCAGGCGCCGACGACCGGAGCAGGCGGUGGAAGCACCUCAUCGUCCUCGGAGGGCUGUUGAUUGGGAUCGGCCAUCUGGAAGAGCAAGGCAUGGACCUGCACUGGGCAGGCGGCAUGAGGAGGAGACUGGAGGGCGCCCUGGUCAACGCGACCAACCUGGCGCUCGUCGAGGUGCGCGAGCGCUCCGAGGCGGACGGGCUGGGUGGGCAGACCAUCACCCUCAUACUCAACCACGCCUUUGGAUGUCUCAACGACGGCGAGAGGACCCUGCUGGACUACGACCGCCUGCUGCCCGUGCUGAUUGGGACCGCCUUCUACUCAAGCGAGGGGUUCCAGAGCGCCUACUUCCUCGGCGGCCUGGACCUGGAUGUCGGGGUGGCGCAGGGAGGGAAGCUGGACUGGAGUGUGGCCUCCAGCUCCUACAGACAGGUCGACGCCAUCCUUUCCAGGCCCCUGGUGGCCUCCAUGGGCCCCUUGUCACGCCUCAUCGCCCACGCAGUCGAAAACACAAAGAGCGCUUGGAUCAUCCAAACCAUGGUGGACGACCUAGCCAGCUUCUCCCGCGCCCUGACCACCCAAUGGCGCCAGAUCAAGUUCUCCGACAUCGACCCUUCAGACGAAGCCGCCCACCUCGAAGAAGAGGCCCUCCACAAGACAACACCCCAGCUGUGGAAGCUCCUCAAGGCAGCCCUCUUCGCGACCACAAUCAUCCUCCGCGCUGUCUUUACCCGCACCUUGCGCGACAGAGUCCUCGCCUCUGACGCCAACGCCCCUGUUCUGGCUUCCCAGGCCCUCCACACCUUACGACAUCUCUACUUCAUCACCUCCCGCCUGGGUCCGGCAUCCUUCUCCCAGCACACUUUUGUCUACCUGACUGCCAUCGACAUCCUUUCCGCCCACCCCACCCACGCCGCAAAAUUCCUCCAUCUGAUCGCGCCCCCGCACCUAGGAGCCAUCCCCUCGCACCCGCUGGACAGGAUCCUCGACCUCUACUUCCUCAACACCAGCGAGCACUUCUCCCUCGUCCUCUCCGCCGCGGUGAACGAAAACCUCCUCGUCGCAUCUGCCGUGCCCUACCUAUCCUCCUUCUCGCACCCCUCGACCAACGCACCCCUAGCCGCCAACUUCGAAGCCGCCCACAGUGUCAUGCUCUCCGUGCUGUCCGCCCCCCAAUCCGCAGAAGCAACCGCCACCCACCUCCCCUUCUACAUCGACGCCCUCUUCUCCGCAUUUCCCCACAGCCUGACCGCGCGACAAUUCCGCCUCGCAUUCAAAACCCUACUGCGCGUCACCGCUCCCCCAUCCCCUCUGUCAGCAACACACCCCGACCUGCCCGCGACACUGCUCGAACUCGUCCACCACCGCGCCCAGCACGCUCCGACGAAUCCCCUUCCACCGGACGCCACAGCCCUCGCGCUCCAAGGCAGCGAUGCGCCCCCGCCGCCGCUAAGCGAGCAAGCCGUCCUCGCGCUGACACUGCUCGACGCGCUCCCCUUCCUCUCCAGCGCACUGCUCGACGACUGGCUCCCGCUGUGCGCACAGCUACUCAAUACCAUCCACGACACCGCCAUGCGCGACGCAGCCCGAGCGCGCUUCUGGGAGGUGCUGGUCUCGGGCGAAAUGGACGCUGAGCGCAGCGCCGUCGCGGUUGCGUGGUGGACUACCCGUGGUGGGAGAGACACAGUGUUGUACGGGCGGGAAGCAGAGGCAGGGGAGGAGGCGCUGAUGAGUGGGGCCCUGCCUGCUGAAAGAGGGAGGGCGAGAGAGAGUAAAUUAUAG